CGAUGAAUCUGUCCGUGUGGCCGUGUGGAAGCGAGAAGUGGUCGAGCCUCGAGGCAGGGACGAGCACCGCAACGAUCACGAGGAUACCUGGGGUCUGCUUGGCUCGCAAACCCUCCGCGCCAGACGAACGGCUCGAGGGCAAGGGGCUGACUCGCUCGUGCUGACACUGCGCGUCAGAACGAGACAAAGGGACGAGCAACUCGACGAUACGCAUCGACAUGAGACUCUGACACAGCAUCGUCGUAAGUCAUGACGGUCUCACAGGCGAUCCCUGUUGCAGCCUCGGCCGGAAUCGAGGAGGUAAUCAGCGCCUCACCGUCGAUCAGCGCGCUUGAAGAUCCAGUUGCUUUGACGGACGGUCACACGAGCUCUGCUACCACACGCACACGAUGGCUCGAUCUCGUCACGCUCUAUGGCUCGUCUGAGGCUGCGCUGGAUGCACUCAUCAGAUCUCACGAUACGCUGCCAGCAAGCGCGAGUGCCGAGACGCUCUUGCCGCAGCCUACUGCUGAGUCAAGAGACUUGCUCGACGAUGCGCCUGCUACCACCACGAAUGCUGCCAGUACGCCAUCAAUCACUGCUGACACAGAGCCGAAGCGUCUCCUGGCAGAGAAUACAAAGCUAUGGCAACUCGUUUCGACGCUCAAGAGAGAACGCGACGCGCUCGCUCGACAAGUCAAACGGAACAGGCAACCUUCCGGCGCUCUCGCCAACGGUUGUAAUCAUGAUGGAUCUGAUAGCGAGCUGGCGCCCGUCGUACCCGCAAAGUCAUCUUCCGGGGCCGAUCAUCUGAAGCCCGAAACGGUCACGCCGAGUCAAAAGAUUGCUGUCGCCAUCACUAAAGCUAGGACACGCAUCGCGCAGCUUGAGGCAAUCGUAAGACGUGCCGGUCUUCCCCUGCCCGGCGAAUCAGAGGUCAUGGAUUUGCGAGCGCCGACGGCGCUGCAGACAGCACCUCAUUCGGAGCCCAAACCCGCAACGACGAGCGAGGGAUUACCUGUGCCUGCGCAGACUACCGACGACAGUGCCAGCCAGACGAGUCAUACCGAGUCCGUGGCGCCGUCAGAGAUGGUCGCUACGGAAUCGGCUCAUACACAUGACGUCACGUCUCCGACGAGCUCGGGCGAGCAGAUCACGCCUCAAGUUCCACCUCACACGCAGCCUCCUGUCGGGCUGCGCAAAUCUUCCACGAAACGUGACCCGUCAUCCCAGCAGGCUCUUCCUCCUCCGCCCAUGCGUACCGUCACCCGACCUGUCUCUCGCGUCGAGCCAAAGCAAGCCAAGCAUGCUCUGCCUUCUCUCCCCGUCUCGAGCCAUUAUCCGACGUCGAGUCUGAGGUUACCAGGCGAAGUGAGCUCAGAGGCUUCAGAAAGCGCGCCAACACCGCAGCUGCAAGUUGCAACGGAUCCUUUGCUCAUCGAGCACUCGGACCAGCCCCGCAGAUCGCCACGGCAAACAGCGAGCACUCACAGCCACGCAAAGCCGGCCGAAGAUGCGCCUCGGAGUCCUGUGCCAGUCGUGGAGCAGGCAGCCAGUCAGUCACAUUUCACGCCCGCUUUGCUGCCUUUCACCACCGUUGCCGUCAAGCGAUCUCAUGUUCGGACUGGCGAUCGUGGCAAACAAGUCAUCUGCUUCAUCAUUGGCGUCACGCUCGAUAUUCCGAGUGAUAGAGACACCGGCGGGCUCGGUGGGACCUCUUCCUGGGCUGUUGAGAAAAGCUAUCAAGAUCUGGUCAAUCUCGAGAGUCAGCUCAAGUCAAAGCUGGUCCGGUCAAUGGUCCGCAGACUUGCGCCGUUUCCGGAUAAGGCCCUUUUCAAAGAUAACGCGCCUGGCAAGAUAGAUCAGCGCCGACAAGACAUCGAGCUAUUCCUGAGAAGCGCCAUCGCCUUGCCGAACGAGCUGCUCACCGAGCUCUGCUAUUUCCUCGCGACCAAUGUCUACAGCGACAAUAUGAUGCCUGUCAGCAAUGCAGCUUCGAAGACUGGCUACCUUACCAAGCGAGGGCGGCUCAAUGGCUGGCGCACACGGUACUAUGUGUUGCAUGGCUCGAAUCUAGACUAUUAUGAGUCUCAACACGGCGCUCAUUUAGGCACCAUCGAGAUCAGAGGCGCACAGAUAGGCCGACAGCAAGCAUCACGUGAGCAGAUUGCCAACCCAGAAGCAUACCGACAUGCUUUUCUUGUGCGAGAGGCAAGAGAGCGUAAUGGCGUUAGAGAAGAGCUGGACCAUGUUCUCUGCGCGUUUGACGAUGCUGAGCGCGACGAAUGGGUCGGCGUGCUCGCGUCAUGGAUCACUGGUGGCUUUGUCGAAGACCCAGACAUGCCAUCGGCGAGCGAUCGCACACAGCAGUCUGGCGAUCCGACCGCGCGGCAGCAAACGCCGAAGGUCCGGUCGUUUAAACUCAGCGCGCCAGACACGCCGCCACCGCAGCGAGCCAGCAAGACCAAAUCCACAAGUAGCUCCGGUAGACCACGAACUGCCACGAAUCCAGUUGGGGAUGACAAUGACAAGACUCGAAGCAAAGGCUUCAGACGCUUCGUAGGCAACAAUCUGAGUACCUCGGGCUCGCUACCGUCGCGAUUGAACGACGUUGCGAGCGAGCAUCAAAGCUUGUCUAGUCAGACAAGAUCCGAAGAGCUGCAUUCGCCAAUUGCUGGUUCGAUACCGCUAUACAAUCGUACCAAUGAGUCUGAAGUACGUUCGGUAGCGGAUAAGCGAAAUACAACAAUCUCUGGUCCUACGAACGCCGCUAUCAUCACUGGCGCUUUCAAGACACCCGCGAUGCCGGAAGAUCGGCGGUCCAAAGGCAAGACUUCCUUCUGGAAUUUCGCCAGUAGAACGGAGCGGAAAGAUUCCGUGACGGCCAUGCCCUGCGAGCUCAUCAAUCGGCCCGUUUUUGGUGUGCCUCUCGAAGCAGCCAUCGAGGUUGCUCGAAUACGAGAAGGCUUCGAACUGCCAGCGGUGGUCUAUCGCUGUGUUGAGUAUCUCGAAGCCCGCGAGGCAGUCAAAGAAGAAGGCAUCUAUAGGCUCAGUGGCAGCUCAGCGGUGAUCAAAGCGCUCAAGGAACGCUUCGACACCGAAGGCGAUAUCAAUCUGCUCAGCGAAGUGACGUACCACGAUCCUCAUGCCGUCGCUGGCCUGCUCAAGAGCUAUCUUAGAGAGCUGCCGAGUCAUGUCCUGACACGCGAAAGGCAUCGAGCCUUUCUCGAGAUUGCCGAUAUACCCGAUCGUGCAACCAAGGUCAACGCGCUGGGCGCACUGAUCUCGCAGCUGCCCAUGCCAAAUUAUACCCUGCUUCGCUUCAUGGCGGCGCAUCUCAUCCAUGUAGUACAGAACGAGCCACUCAACAAGAUGUCGCUGCGAAACAUUGGCAUCGUCUUCUCGCCAACGCUAGCGAUUCCGGGGACGCUCUUCAAUCUCUUCCUGGUCGAGUUUGAUCUCGUCUUUGCGCUCAAAGGGGACGUGCCGACCCCGGCUAUGCUCGAAUCGGUCACGAACCCCGUGGACCCCGAGUCACCGCUUUUGCCACGCUCGUCGCAGUCUAGCGAUGCUGCACAGACCAAACGCAACAAUCGCAACUCACAACUAUACCACGAAGUCGGAGCGCCGCAACUACUGGAGUCUCGAGAACGUGCAAUCCAGGGUAGGUUAUCUGCUGGUGCUCGCAGAUAGCGCUAACCUUUGUGUCUGCAGAAAGCGAAGAAGUAUACGCCAGUGUAGAGAGCCCGAAGCCUGGCCUAGUGGCUUUCCCAUCGACCGAGUCUGGUGAUCGCG